GAAGGAAGCUUCCUCGAACCUUCACUCCUCUCUCCACUGUAGUUGAAAAUGGCGUCCAUUUAAUGGCCUCUUCCUCGCCUUCCUUCCUCCCAGUUUCCUCCUCCUCCCCGGUGAAACCACCUUCUUCUCUUUCUUCUCUCUGAGAAGCGAUCUGGUGCGGCAUUAUCUGUGGUGGCUUGGGUUAUGUGGUAUGCUUUUGGGCGGGAGAAGGGAGGAAGAUGAAGCUGGCAAAGAAGAUACCCGCUCUCUUCAGAUCUUCCUCCUCCAAGUCCCGCUCCCCCUCCGUCUCCCGCUCCAACCCCUCCUCCUUUAGCUCCUCCUCCUCCUCCUCCUCCUCUUCCGGCGACAUGAAGGCCGGCACGCCCAAGAGCGUGCUCCCCAGGUUCCCCUCCGGCGCCUGGCCCGAGUGCCCCCCCGACGAGGUCCACUGCGACUUCACCGAGGUGUUCCGCAUCCUGGACAAGGACGGCGACGGGAAGAUCGCCAGGGCGGAGCUCGAGGACGUGCUGCGGCGCCUCGGCUCCGCCACGCCCGCCGAGGUGUCCCUCAUGGUCAGCCUCGCGGACAGGGACGGCGACGGCUGCAUCACGGUCGAGGAGUUCGGGGCGCUGGGCCAGGUCGCCGCCGGGCCCGCGCAGGGGACCGAGCUCAUGGACGCCUUCCGCGUCUUCGACUCCGACGGCGACGGCAGGAUCUCCGCGGAGGAGCUCCUCUGCGUGCUGCAGGCGCUCGGCGACGAGGACUGCACGCUGGACGACUGCCGGAGGAUCAUCCGCAGCGUCGACUCGGACGGCGACGGCUUCGUUGGGUUCGAGGACUUCGAGAAGAUGAUGAAGCAGCAGAGAUGGUGAUCGAUAUUCCCCUCCCUGGUGCUUCCUUCCCCUUGCUUCAUCCGACGGUCUGAGUCGUCGAAGAAGACGAAGAUGAAAGGCGCAAGCAACAUCUGACAGGAAGAAGAAAAUGGAUAUGAAUCUGAUCCAUGGUUUGUUUGAGAUCCAGCCCGUUUUUCUUUGAUCUCUUUCUUUUUUUCUUUUUUUUCCUUUUUUUGUGGGGACUUGGAUGAACGAUGGAUGUGAUCAGUCGUUUGGUGGAUCAGCAAGGGCUUCUGAUUUGAGUCUGUGAAUCGGAAAUCUGUUCGGUACCAUUUCAAUUUCUAUGUGUUUCAAAAUGCAGAGAAAAAUGGACAAAAAAAAUCUGCAUCUCUCUCUCUCUCUCUCUCUACAUAUAUAUAUAUAUAUAUAUAUAUGGACUACAGAGAGAAGUGAAGUGAAGCUUUAAAUGAGAAAUAUGAGAAUCCCUUCUUUA